GUCCGCAUCCAUCCCUCGCACUCCAGAAACCCAAAUCAAAAUUUCAGCUCCUGCAAAAUCUCUCUCUCUCUCUGGUGCAGAGGGGAUCAGCUAUGGCGAGCGAGCAGGAGCCUGCAAAGGUGCUGCUACCGUAUCUCCAGCGAGCCGAUGAGUUGCAGAAGCACGAACCUCUCGUCGCUUAUUACUGUAGGCUGUAUGCGAUGGAUCGAGGUCUGAGGAUUCCGCAGACCGGGCGAACGAAAACCACCAACGCCCUCCUCAAUUCCCUCAUCAAGCAGCUCGAAAAGGACAAAAAAUCACUAACUCUGGGGCCCGAAGACAAUUUGUAUCUGGAGGGUUUUGCCUUGAAUGUGUUUGGGAAGGCAGACAAACAAGAUCGUGCUGGGCGCGCUGAUUUGAAUACUGCAAAAACAUUUUAUGCUGCUAGCAUCUUCUUCGAGAUUAUCAGCCAAUUUGGGCCUCUUCAGCCAGAUCUUGAACAAAAACAGAAGUAUGCUGCAUGGAAGGCAGCAGAUAUAAGGAGAGCCUUGAAAGAAGGAAGGAAGCCAGUACCUGGGCCGCCCUCUGGUGAUGAAGAUCUCUCUAUACCAUCAAGUAUACCAAGUGGUGGAUCAUAUGACCUUGGGCCUAGCGAAUCUGCUUUCUCCAAUGCUGGACCAGAAGCUGAUUCAUCACCUCAGAUCCAUGAUAAAUUGGACCACCAACAUCAUCACUCUGCAGGCAUUCCUCCAUCUUCCAGUUCUUAUUCAUCUGCCAAUUAUCCAUCUCAUGACUUUCGGCCGCCUUCUCCUCCAAUCACAAAAGCUGCGAGUUCUACUUACUCAUCAUACCAUCCUCCAAACUAUCCGCAAGAAUCCUCGCACCAUCCAAACUAUCCGCAAGAAUCCUCGCACCAUCCUCCAAACUAUCCUCAAGAAUCCUCGCACCCUCCCCCAAACUAUGCUCAAGAAUCCUCACAUCCGUCUCCAAAUCGCCCUUCAGAUGUGAAACAGCAUUUAUCGCAUAGUUAUCCCUCAGAACAACUGCCACAGAUGCCACAUAAUUAUCCUUCAGAACCACAGCAGCAUAUUCCACAUACUUACGUAUCAGAAUCGCAACAGCACUUACCAAUUAAUUAUCCUUCUCAGGAGACCCCUAUCUACUCAUAUCCCCAAUUCCAAUCCUAUCCGAGUUUCACGGAAAGUAACCUCUCAUCGGUCCCAUCUCAAUAUUCUUCGUACUACCAAGGCCAUGAUGCGUCCUUCCCUCCGCAGUCAGAUCAUCAAACCUCAAAAAAUUAUGCUUCAACUGCUCAGUAUGGGGAUGGCAACCGAAAUGGGACUGCUCCAGAAGCUCCUCCUGCAGAAGCAUACAAAUACGACAGUAACUACCAGCCGCCACCUGAAAAAAUCGCCGAGGCACACAAAGCUGCUCGGUUUGCUGUUGGGGCAUUGGCAUUUGAUGAUGUUUUCGUUGCAGUGGACUACUUGCGAAAAUCUCUUGAACUGCUGACAAAUCCGUCAGCAGGUCAGUAAAAAAUUUAAUUGCUCGCGCUACGGUCUGCAUCCUGGAGGGGCUUUGAUUCGCGAAGGAAUGAGUAGUUAAAGGGUUAUAAUUUUGGUUCGGCGUGAGAAUAUGGGGACAUUAUGUGUAUCUAUAUUGCUGGCUGCCGUCUGAUUUCAUGCACCAAGUACGAAGGAUGCGGAAUACCAAAGGGCUUUGCGAGUUUUCACAUGGCUGUUCAUAUGGGUUUUUUUUUAUGUACUCUUUUUUUGUGGGUUGCAGACGGUAAAGCCAUUAUUCAUUUGUUUUGGCAGUUAUUAAAGCCAUGUGAGGCUGGUCUUGGGUCCCUUUUCCCCCAAAUAUAAGUAUCCCAGGGUUCAAUGGAGGUCGCUCUUUUUC